UGGAAUCUAUGCUUUGUCGUUGAGUCACCUUUACCUGGAUUGUUCUGCAAGUUGGGGAAUGUUUAUCCGAUAGUAUCGGUACAAGGUUCCUGUAACAGUUGCACACGCACACGGAAUGAAAGCAAGAUUAUGACGCCUUUAGAAUCGAACAAACUGGAGACGCGUGUGUCUACCAUCAAUCCAUCACUAUAAAUACCAAGCUUAUGUAACUGUGUCCUGUAAAGGGUUGAAAAUUUUGCAUCCUGGAAAAUGUCAACUUCCAGCUAUCUUGAUUUGCAGUACAACCUUUCCAAGAGGAAGAUCCUGCGAGGGCCAUCCCGGCUCUUCUCUUCACGGUCCAGACAGAAUUCCGGCCUCUUGCCUACCUUUCAACCUAAUGUGGAGGAGACGAAGCGCGUCUUUGACAAGUUCGACUCCAACAAGGAUGGCAAGAUCUCUCAGCAGGAGUACAAAGCGGUUCUCCGAGCCCUCGGCAAGGAGAACCUGAUCGGGGAAGUCCCGCAGAUCUUCCGAGUGGCUGAUCUGGACGGAGACGGGUUCAUUGAUUUCAAAGAGUUCAUGGAAGCGCAGAAGAAAGGGGGCGGGAUAAAGACGAGGGACAUCCAGAGUGCGUUUUCCACAUUCGAUCUCAAUGGUGACGGGAAAAUCACGGCCGAAGAGGUUUUGAAGGUCCUAGGGAACCUCGGAGAGAGGUGCAGCCUCGAGGAUUGCCGGAAAAUGGUGAGAGCAGUCGAUCAGGACGGUGAUGGCGCGGUGGACAUGGACGAGUUCAUGACUAUGAUGACUCGGACGCUGAAAUCUAACUAAAGGGAACAACAAGUGCUUGUAUUGUAAUCCUUAUUCAAAUGUUUGCUCUGGGUGUCAUAGGCUCUGUAGAUUACUGCUAUCGCUCUGUGGAAAUCGUUUCUACUCCUAGUAAUGUAAAAAUAAGACUCUUCGAUGUUGGCCAUCUCGUGCCGUUUGCGAUUUAGGAUGUGAUUAUGCAAUAUUUUAUCU